AUGGAGGCCGCGGGCCCCAGUGAAGCAAAGAGCGGCAAAAACAAGAUACAGCCGGGCACGUCGACCACUGACGCAGGGGACAGAGACACCCCGAAGGAUGAAGUCGUGAGCGAAGAGGGCGAAGAGGAGGAGGAGGAGGAUGACGAUGGGGAGGAUGAUGAGGAUGACGUUGAAGACGAGGAGCCGCGCCUCAAAUACGCCCCGAUUACACCAGUCCUUGGCCCACUGUACCGCAAUAAAGACGCUACGAGCACGUUCAUGACUGCCGGAAAUAAGAUGCAUGUUUACUCCGUCCCGUUCUUCCAACGCCUUCGAGUAUACCACGCUCAUUCUGCGAGCAUCGACUCCAUCUCAGUCUCCCCAUUUCCCCCGCCUGCGCCUACAAAGGCGGAUUUUGCCCCUAUAAUUCAAAGUGGUGGAUCAGGCGCGUCCGCAUCCGAGAGCCCAAAUGGAUCUAAACCACAGCCAGUCACAAUACCACCAACCCCAUCAAACUCCAUAUAUAUUGCGACAUCUUCUAUGGAUGGAAAUGUUUGCGUGGCAUCCUUGGUCGACCCCAAAGAUGUGACGCUCCGGAAUUUUGGAAGGCCGGUUAGCGCAGUUGCGUUGUCGCCUGAGUAUAAAAGUGACAGGACUUACGUCUCGGGGGGUAAAUCAGGAAACCUGGUCCUUACCGUUGGAGGCCGUGUUGGUGCAAGCUCAAACGCUACACUGGGGGGUGCAAGUCCCACCGGCUGGUUUGGAUCCCUGGGUCUUGGAGGGAAUAAUGGAAAAGACAGGGUCUUGCACAAUGGCGAAGGGGCCAUAAGCUGCAUUAAGUGGUCGAGGUCAGGAAAAUAUGUUGCUUGGGUGAACGAAGAGGGCAUAAAAAUCAUGCGCUCACAUUUACACCUUGAACAAACAGAGGCCGAACAUGCAUGGGAGCGGUUUGGUCAUACAGAUAGACCUCGAUCCCAAAUGUGGGAUGAAAUGGCUGGAGUGUGGAAGCCACGGGUCGUAUGGAUUGAUGAGGAUUCAUUAGAGCGCGAAAACGCAUCUGUUGUGCAAGUGGAUGAUGCCUCAACUCGAUCACAGCGAUUAGGGAAUCAUGGCCCUGAGAAACUUCUUGUUGGUUGGGGAGGCACAAUAUGGAUCAUAAAGGUGUCUCGUGGUGAUCAAUCGGCGGGUGUUGGGAAACGGAGAAUAGCCUCGGCUGAGAUCACGACUAAACUACGAACGGAUUGUAUCAUAUCUGGUGUUUCGCUAUAUACCCAAAAUUUAUUACUUGUUUUGUCUUAUAUCAUCCCCGACGAUGACGAUCCUGGAACCCCUUCAAAGCAGGCUGGCCCUGCUCGUGGAAUUAGACGAAGGCAGAAUGGUCUCCAGCCAGAGCUGCGGUUAAUUGAUAUCGAUACCGAGGAAGAGCUGAGCGGGGACAUCCUCUCUGUCCGAAACUAUGAAAAUCUUUCUGCAUCCGAUUACCACCUUGAUACCCUUCCGCUGAGUCGCAUUGCUUCAACUACUCACCGAGGAGCCCUAGAAUCAAUAACAGCCGGCCUUAUCGAUGCUACGCUCUAUCCCAAACGUUUAUUUAGCUCAGGGACUAGCUCUCGCAGCAUGGGAAGCAGUGCUGACAAGGGGUCUGGUUUCCAGGUAACUGGUACGGUUGAUUCUUCAGGCCUACUUCAUGGCGGAAAAUACAACAAAGAGAUUGAGAUCGCCGCGACAGCAGGGGUUAGGGUUUUCGUCCAUAGCCCCUACGAUUGCAUCCUUGCUGUUAAAAGGGGGUUUGAGGAUCGGCUAGCUUGGCUUGACUCUCGCGAGCGGUAUGAAGAAGCCUGGGAACUGCUUGAACAAAAUCCAGACGCUUUUAAUGUAGCUUCUGGUGAAGGCGAAGAAAGUCCGCCGGGUACCCCCACUCCAAGUGCUCCAGGCCACCCGGGGUUAUCGUUACUCGAUAACUCCUCUAUUCAGACAACUAGCCAUUCUGGUAGCACUAAGCUUGAACAAGAGAAGCGUCGCGUCGGCGAGUUGUGGCUGAAGCAGCUAGUUGGCCACGGGGAGUGGGAGAAGGCUGGGAACAUUUGUACCAAAGUCCUCCGUACUACUGCGGCAUGGGAUCACUGGAUCUGUGUUUUUGCGCGAAACGGGAAGUUUGAUGAAAUUACACCCCAUGUGCCCAUCGACAUUGAGCCUCCAUUACCAUCAUUCGUAUAUGAGGUCAUCCUUGGCCACUAUGUUUCCCGCGACCGAGUCAGAUUCAAUGAGCUUAUAGAGCUUUGGCCCCCUAAUUUGUUUGAGACUGAUAGCGUUACUGCUGCUAUACAAGACCAACUUCUCCUGACAGAUGAAGGGACUGAUGAUUGGAGGAAUCUCUUGAAUUGCCUUGCUAAGUUAUUCCUGGUUGGUGGGCACUAUCGCGAAGCUUUGCGGUGCUAUAUAAAACUUCAAGAUGGGGACGCUGUUAUGAGUCUGAUUCGAGAGUAUCAUCUUCUUGAUUCUAUUUCUGAGGACGUUCCUGGUUUUAUCCUACUCCGGGUACCAAAAAAUCGAAUAAAGACUGCUCCUACCACAGAGCUAGAAGAGGCUACUUCAGAACCUAUCAAGCUACUUGUGCGCGAGGCAGCGAAUGGUAUAGUCCGUCCCGAAACAGUCGUCGCGCAACUACAAGAGGCAGAUCUGGGACUUUUCCUUUAUUUCUACCUCCGUGCACUCUGGAGAGGGGAUUUUGUGUCUAAAGAAGGAGGCAGGCCUGCUAUCAGGGCUCGCGGACACCACAGAACCGAAGCAGAGGCUGGGAAACUAGUCGCUGAUGAAGGAAGAAUAAUGAUCGACGGAUUUGCGGAUACAGUGGUCGAGUUGUUCGCGAACUAUGACCGUCCAUUACUCAUGGAAUUCUUGCAGUCAAGCACAUCAUACUCCUACGACAUAGCAUGUUCUAUAUGUGAACGUCGAAACUUCACGCCAGAACUUAUUUACCUCUUGUCUAAAACUGGACAAACGAAGCGGGCACUUCAGCUAAUCCUCUCGAGUUUGAACGACAUAUCUCAUGCUAUCUCCUUUGCCAAGUCUCAGGAUGAUCCGGAUCUUUGGGAUGAUCUGUUAUCGUACUCGAUGGAUAAACCGGAAUAUAUCCGCGCGCUGCUCACGGAAGCAAGCACGGCCAUUGAUCCUAUAAAGCUCGUGAAGAGAAUCCCCAGUGGACUGGAGAUCGAGGGCUUGAGAGAAGGCCUUACAAGAAUGAUUCGUGACCAUGAUAUCCAAGCCAGUAUAAGCCUGGGGGUUGCGAAAGUUCUGGCUGGUGAAGUUGCUAUCCGAAUGGACGCAUUGCGGAAAGGUCAACGACAGGGAAUGAAAUUUGACGUUUGCCAUGACGAAGAUAGCGCUGCUGAAGAUGCUGAUGGCCAAGAUAAAGAUGCACACCCGGAUACAAAUGGCGAGACCAUCGACGAGAAACAGAAAAGGCCAUCAAAGGAUGUUACUCCAGGACGGUGUGCGGGAUGUAAGAAGCCAUUCGUUGAGCAAGGUGAGCUUAUCCUUCUCCUGAGACAUGUCAACAACAUCCCUUUUGUUAUUCUAACCGGCAUUUAA